AUGCCGAAAGCAAAACCGCACUAUGACGUUGGCACACAAAUUCUUUGCAUGCACGAAGGGCUAAAAUAUGAGGCGAAAAUUCUCGACGUCAGGGAUCCCGAUGGAGCCGAUCCGGUAUAUUUGGUCCACUAUCACGGAUGGAACAGCCGCUACGACGAGCAUAUCAAGCGCAGCGAGAUUCCUGGAAAAAUUUUCGAAGCCACACCGGAAGCGAUUGAGGAGGCGCUUGCCGAAAGAGCUCGCGUUUCCGAUGAGAAAACGAGGAAGAAGAAAAAGAAUCGCCUCGAUAACGUGACCGACGAUGAUGUGCGUCAGAGUGAGACCGGCAGCCGCGGCAGUUCGCCAAGCACGAACAGCAUCAAAACAAAAGGGCUAAAACGAAAAGCGCAGGAUUCGCCGGCGGUGGCAGCGGCAAACAAGCCGGCCCCGGGCGAAAUGUUGAAGCUGCCAAAAGAGUUGCGCCAAAUUCUUGUCGAUGACAAUGACUUGGUGAAUAAGAGCUUCUUGGCGAAACUUCCAGCACGCCAUUCAGUCGAUUCUAUCGUUCAAGAUUAUAUCAAGACAUUGAACUUGAAGCCUGAAGAAAUGGAGAAUAUUGAUGAAAUGUACGUCGAGUAUGAUAACAAUAGUCAGAAGGUGUCCGCAGGAGGGCUGGCGUGCUCAGCGCUCGGACUCGUCGACUACUUCAACGUGCUUCUCAACUAUCAGCUGCUUUACAAAUUCGAGCGCGCUCAAUAUCAGGAGAUAAUGGAAAGCGACAAGGCGAGUCAGGAGAAGCCGCGCAAGGCGAAACGAAGCGCGGCGGCCGCCGACGUGCCCGACGACGACUUCAAACCGUCGAAAUACUACGGCAUCGCGCAUUUGCUUCGCCUAUUGUCGAGACUGCCGACGAUUUUGAAGCUCACACCAUGGGAUCAACGUCUUUUGCAGACCGUCGACAAGGCAUUCUUCGAUUUCGUCGUAUACCUUAACAAGAACGCGUCGAAAUACUUUGAUCCCGAACUCGACUACAUUGUAGCUCCCACCGAGUACUACCGCAAUGCGCAUCAGCAAUAA